AUGUCCGGUGUGUGGGUUUUCAAGAAUAACGGGGUGAUGGAGCAUGCACUCCCCAUGAAAAAGAAGGCUCUUGUACACUUGCCGACUGGUCAGAUUGUUUCGUCUUACAUAUUUCUGGAGCAAAUACUAAAGGGUUUAGGCUGGGAAAGGUAUUCUGGUGGCGAUCCUGAUCUUCUCCAAUUCCACAAGCACUCAUCUAUCGACCUUAUUUCUUUGCCUAAGGACUUCGCCAAAUUCAACUCCAUUUACAUGUAUGAUAUUGUCAUCAAGAAUCCCAGUAUCUUUCACGUGUGUGAGACGUAG